AUGCCUGAAGUCAAGCGCGUCGUCCGUCUCGUCACGGAGCAGCAUAUCAUUGACAAGCCUUCCGAGGUCGAGGGUUUUCCCCAACGUUCGUGGUCGAUCGAGGUUUACGUGGUCAACGACAAGGGAGAGCAGAUUCCCGCCAGCAUCUUUGACAAGGUCACAUACCACCUGCACCCCAGUUUCGGCUCUCGGGCCACACAAACUUUCAAGAACCCUCCGUUCCGUAUUCAGGAGGAGGGAUGGGGUGAGUUUGACAUGCAGAUUGAGCUCACAGCCGACAAAUCUCACUUUGUCAACCAUGACCUCAACUUCCUGCAAGAGCGAUAUGAGUCCAAGCACACCAUUACUUUCAAGAACCCCAAGCCUGCUUUCCUAGCAGCUCUGCGUGAGUCGGGCCCUGUCCCGGGUGACGACAGCGGAAUCAAGAAGCGUGGUGCAGUGGGCGAAGAGAGUGCAAAGAAGAAGAAGCGCACUGAGAAGAACGUGGACAUGGAUAAGCUCGCAGAAGGACUUCAGAAAUUGGGCGAAGAUGACCUUUUGCAAGUUGUGCAAAUGGUGCAUGACAACAAGUCAUCGGAUUCCUACACCAAGAAUGACGUCGAUCUGGGUGAGUUCCACGUGGAUCUUUACACCCUGCCAGAUACCCUGAUCAAAAUGCUUUGGGAUUUCACCUCGGAGCGUGGGGCACUGUAA